AUGUCUCAGCCUCUCAAGAGCACACCCUAUCCCUUCCAAUUCUCCUCCAACACCCAAGUCGAGGCACCAGUCAAUGGGCAAACGACCGACAUUAACGUGUCGCUCAAGAACGUGCGAGGCCGGAUUCCAUCCGCCCAAGCAUCCCGCCUUCGCACCAUGAUGCUCGAAGCCCACCAUGAUCGCUCCAAAAUCAUCGCUCACGCAUGCAGCUAUGACGGCCUCUCUUCCCGAUUGGUCGAGGAGGCCGGAUUCCCAAUUGUGUUUCUAGCUGGAUAUGCCGUUGCCAGUUCCUACGGGCUCCCAGACACAGGAUACAUCGCGAUGGCGGAAAUGUGCAGCAAGAUCCAGGAGGCGGUACGCAUGACCAGCGUGCCUGUGAUGGCCGACGGAGACACCGGCUAUGGUAGUCCCAUGAACGUGAAAAACACUGUCGAGUGCUUUGCGGCGGCUGGGGCAGCGGGAGUGAUGAUUGAGGAUCAGACGUGGCCCAAACGAUGCGGUCACACAAAGGGAAAAUCGGUAGUCUCGCGCGGAGAAGCCUACGCUCGUCUACAAGCCGCCGUGGAUGCACGGAACCAAGGACACGACAUUUUCGUCCUGGCGCGCACAGACGCCUUGAUUCACGGAUGGGACGAAGCGAUGACCCGGGCGAAGGAGUUCAAGAGAAUUGGAGUUGACGCUGUCUUCGUUGAGGCUCUGCCCGACCGGGACUCGAUGAAGCGAUGCGUUGAAGAACUAGAUCUCCCCGUGUUUGCCAAUAUCAUCGAAGGUGGGAAGACCGAGAACCUGUCGGCUCUGGAGCUGGCGGACCUUGGAUUUUCAGCAGUCGCGUACCCGUGGACACUUGUGGCCGCUAAAUUGAAGAGUAUUAGGGAGGCGUUGGAAGGUUUGAAACAAAGUAUGACGACCGGGGCUCCUCCCAAGAUACUUGGGUAUGAUGAAGUCUGCUACGGGGUUGGAUUUGACAAAUAUUGGAACCAAGAGGGCAGAUACGAGUACAAUGAAAAUGGCCUGGUUCAUCCCCAGAACGGCAGCGUAUAA